GCCAGCACUAUUAUUCAUUGGUUGUUGUGAUAAGUUUGUGUCGCGUGAUCAGUAAAUAGUUUGUUGUGGGAAUGGGAUGAAAUGUCAAGAUGGCCACUGGUGGAUCAGGAAGGGAUACUAAAUAUUAUGGAUUGUUAUUUUAUGAGGAGAAAGGUUUAAAUGAAUAUGUAGCAAUAUUUACUGUAGCUAAAGAUAUAGACACACUCUCUGAUUAUAAGAGAAGGAAGCACCCUGGAGCUAAGGAAGGUUCACUUAUCUUCUUUAGAUUUGUCCAGCAUCAAGACUCUACACUUACCUCAAGAGGUGAUUAUAUUGAAUUAAAGUUCGAUACUCCACAAGAUAAAUCAACCACUGAUGGAUGUACUAUUAAACCUGACACAGUACCUUGUAGAAUAUAUAGAAGUGAUGUUGAUAAGGUUGGUACACCUGGUUAUCCUGACCCUCCCUCCUCCAGUAUAUCAGUACAUGCUACACCUGAUGCUGUUCCUAGACUGAAGUAUACUAUACCACUGGAAGGUGUAGAUACAUAUGAUACAUUGUACAUUAAAAGGAUAUUGAGAAGAGGUCCUCUCUUAGACAUUAAUGAUUUACAGUAUGUACUUGAAUCAUUGAAUGAAGCUGGCUUCUCACAGGGGGAAUGGAAACCUCUUGGUCGUGCUUUAGGAUUAGGUUAUGAUACACUGAAGGCUAUUGAGGCUGAGUAUCCUGGAGAUGAACAAGGACGUCUUAGGCAGUGUCUAGUGAAAUGGUUAGAGAGAGCUGAUGCUGUUGAUGUUAGAGGAGGUCCAAGAAUGACCUCUCUAUGUGCUGCUCUUGAGGACAUUGGUGAUAAAGCAGCAGCUGAUUAUAUCAUGAAGAAUAUUAUUAAUAAAGAUUCUCCAGAGUUACGUCACUAUCGUGAAGCACUUAAGACUAUCGUGAGGUGUUAUCUUACCAAAGCUGUAGUUCAAGGAGAAGCUCGUGUUGGUAAAACCUGUUUCAAGUCACUUCUACUGGAUGAAAAGUACGUUGAAGAAAGUACCGGUAUUGCUGAGCCGAGAGUUGGUAUCUACUGCUACAGACGAGACACUGGGAAACGAUACAAGCUAUUGGAUGUUACAGAGUUAGAAGAGAUUGUUAAAAACGCUUUGAAAAAAGAUGCAGUAGAAAAAUUGAUCAAAUCUCCAGUAGAAAAUCAGGCCAGUGAAGGUAUGGAUGAAAAGAAACCAACCGGAGGAAAUGAAACAGCUGAUGAGGAUGACGAUGGUUUUGUCGAAGGAAAUGAAGCCACCAAUGAACCUGGCGAUGGAGACGGAGUACCUGGAGAUGGAAAUAAAGCACCUGGAGAUGAAAAGGAAAGUUCACUGAGUAAAGAAGUUAAGAAUGUGCUUGACGAAGUACAGCAAUGUUCAGGGAAGGAGAAUCAUCUUGAAGGAGCUCAAUGGCUAUACCUCGUUGAUACAGGAGGUCAAAUUGCUUUUCAAAAGUUGCUUCCAAUUUUUAUGCCGUUUACUCAAGUUCUUAUUCUGGUUGUUAAUAUUUCAAAAGAGUUGUCUAGUGGCUCCACUGCAGUGAUGCACAUUGAAGGGAAGGAUCACAGUGAUGGGAGUCCAUCCAGAUUGACGGUCGAAGAAGUUUUGAAGCAAAUUAUUUCUUCAAUAGCUUCUGGGAUGCAGCAUUUCAGGGAUAGUUAUAAGAAUCAUAAAGUUCUACGAGAUUUGGUUCCGGAGAAAUUGCAGAUUCUAGCAAUUGGUACACACAGAGAUAAAUGCAGUAAUUUUAAGAAGUCGAAACGUAUUUUGGAAGAAAAAUUGGCAAAAAUAAUAAAAGGAAAUGAUGAUUGUGAGUCUAUUGAAGCUGAUCAUGUAGUUCGUGUACGGGAAGUUGAUGGUCGUAUCGCUGGUGCAGCUGUUGGUGAAAGAGAAAAGGAAGAAAAUUUUUCGAAUACGAAGAGUUCUUUGGAUGACGUAGAUGAGAUCUUAACGAAAGAUGAUAAAGGAAUCAACAUUCCAUUUUAUUACUACUUCUUUGAUAUCGUACUUCGCGUUGCAGCAAAAGAGGGAUGUGGUGUGUUGCGAUUAUCCACCUGCAAAAGUCUUGGGGAAGAUUUAAAACUGGAAGAAAAGGAAGUGAUGGAAUCUCUUAAUUUCUUGCACCAUAUCAACAGUAUCAUUUAUUAUCAUGAUUCUAAAGCCUGCAGUGACCUGGUGUUUGUUAACAUAGGCAGUCUCAUUGGUAUUCUCAAGGAGUUGGUCGGGCGUGUUCAUACUCUUCAUUCCGAAGCAAGAAAGUACGUUGGAGAUGAUGACGUUAUAAAGGGGAUCCUUUCAGUGGCCAAAUUUGAAGAGAUUUGUAAAAAACAACUUGACCCCAUCACAAAAGAGCUAAAAGUUGUUGAUAUUGCAACGAAAUUGCUGAAUCUUUUCCUGGAGCUCUCAAUAGCUACACCAAUAGAUGAUAAAUAUUUCAUACCAGCUCUCCUUCCAGUAAGAGAUGUUACAAAUAUCAAUCCUUAUAAUGAUCGUGAGCCAUUGCUGUUCUACUUCAAGAAGGCUACCCCAAUGGGCCUUUUCUGCUCUGUUGUUACUCAUCUUCUUUCAAACUUUAGCUACAUGAUUGCUUCGACAGAAAGUAAUUUCUCUAAUUUCAUCGAAUUGAAAUAUCGUACAGAAUGGGUUGCGACAUUCUACAUUACUCUAGUUGAACAGAUUGAUUGCAUUGAAGUCCAUUGUGAGAAACAGAGAGGGGAAGGGAUAGUCAGGGAAGAUGUCAAGAUGGCGAUUACUUCUGCAGCUGAAAAGCACAAUCUUAGUGCAAGUCAUGAGAUCCGGUUUUAUUGUUCGUGUGGGCGUGGUACUACUGGAGCUGGUGCUGGAGGAGGAGGUGUGGCUAAAGGGAAGAAGCAUACAGCUGAAGUUGAGACUGUCAAUAAGAAACAUAUCUUCCGAUGCAGUGAGAACCCACGUAUCUGCAGUGAUGACCAACCUACUGAAUGGGAAAAUAAGAUAGAGUUAUGGAGCUCCUGGCUUGACGUUAAUACACCAAACACUCCUUCUAAUGAUGAGUCAACUUCUACAAAACAAAGUACUCCUCCACAAAGAAGUGUAUCUGAGACUGGAAGCACAGGCUCUCCACAGGAAGCUAAAGGCCUCAAGGAGCUUACUACUCCACAAAGAAGUGUAUCUGAUGUGAAAGGCUGUGCUUCUCCACAGGAGACCAAAGGCAAGGAGCUUAAUAUGAGAACAGUCAUGAAGAUAUUUACUCCUUCUGCCCACCAUUACAAGAUAAUAGGAAUUGGAUUGGGUGUUGAAGUAGCAGAUCUGAAAGACACAGAUGAAGCAACUAAUAAUCUUAUUAAAGUAUUCCAGAGGUGGUUUGAUGCCGAUGAAGAUGUCAAUUGGGAUACUUUAAAAGAACUUUGUGAAGAGGACUAUCCUGAUCAACUGGGCAAAGCAAAGGCUAAGCUAAAUAAAACACUCAGCCGUCAGUAGCAGGUGCUUAUUUUUUAAUUGUUAUCAUGAUCAUGUUUUUUAACUUUUUAAAUUCUUUUCCAAUUCCUUUGUACAUUGCAUGUAAGCUAAACAGUAUCUUUUUGAAACAUAA